AUGACGACAUCCACUGUGCAAGAGGGCGCAAGACAAUCGAGGUCGCCGAUUCAGGGGUGGACGGGCGGCCCCAUGCACCGUUUCGAGCAUGUCGAUUGCUGCUUCGAGCCGUCGCGGGUCAAUACGUCACUCGUGGGCGAACCGUCUUCCGUCUUCCGUUUUAGCGAACACUUGCCGAGGAUCAUCAACAGAUGGAGGGAAAUGGCCAUGGAUCUACAAGGAUGGAACCUUGGAAGAGCUCGGAGACUAGUCAAGCGUGCUUGA